UGCUAUUUCCGUCACCCAUUCUGAUCUGCAUAUAUAAAUGCAUGAAACAUGAACUACAGACUCAUAUCGACUCUGUAAAAAUACAUAUAUUUUCACAAGCACCUAAACUUAUUGUGCUCCCAAAGAAAAAGUCAUUAUAAUGGAUUUAACGGCGUUAAAGGAAACUUUGCUGGAGAAUGGUCAAUCCCAUCUUCUGCAAUUUUGGGAUGAUGUAGAACCAGACCAACAACAAGAGUUGUACAACGACUUGUGUAAGAUCAAUAUCCCACAAGUUACCCAGUAUUUUGAAAAGGCAAUGAAGGCCAACACCACAGAAAAACUGGACAGCAGGAUGCAGCCGAUUCCAGAGGAGCAGUACUCCUCCUCCUCCCACUGCACGAAAGAGGAGCUUCAGAAAUACAGACAGAUUGGACUUGAUGCUUUACGGGAGGGCAAAGUAGCUGUCCUACUUCUGGCAGGAGGACAAGGGACACGAUUGGGGGUUAACUACCCGAAAGGGAUGUUUGAUGUUGAACUUCCAUCUCACAAGUCACUCUUCCAAAUUCAGGCAGAGAGAUUACAAAGAAUCCAACAAGUCGCUGGAGUCCAGAAUGAUCAUAAGGUGCCAUGGUAUAUCAUGACGAGUGAGGGUACAAAAGGGCCAACGGUUCAGUAUUUCCAAUCCAAGGACUAUUUCGGAUUGGAUGAAAAGAAUGUAAUCGUCUUUGAACAGGGAAUGUUGCCAGCGUUUACGUUUGAUGGCAAGAUCAUCUUAGAAAACAAGCACAAGAUGUUCAAGGCCCCAGACGGGAAUGGCGGACUUUAUCAAGCUUUGCACAAUGAAGGGAUAUUGAAGGAUAUGAAGUCUCGUUAUAUUCAGUAUGUCCACGUCUACUGUGUAGAUAACAUUCUUCUGAAAAUGGCAGAUCCGGUCUUCAUGGGUUACUGCAUUACAAAGGGUGCCGAUUCCGGGGCCAAAGUUGUGGAAAAAACUAUUCCAACAGAACAAGUUGGAGUAUUUUGCAAAGUUGACGGGAAAUAUCAGGUUGUCGAAUAUUCAGAAAUCACAACACAAACUGCUGAGCUGAUGAAUCCUAAAACUGGUGGACUGCAAUUCAAUGCUGGAAAUAUUUGCAACCAUUUUUUCACGCUUGACUUUCUGGAAAAGUUAUUGUCUGGGCUGGAGGAUACGCUGGUUCAUCAUAUUGCGAAGAAGAAGAUCCCCACAGUUGAUCCCAAUUCAGGGAAUACUGUAACACCAAAAUCACAGAAUGGAGUUAAGCUUGAAAAGUUUGUCUUUGACGUAUUCCAAUUUUCUUCCAAGUUUGCCGUUUGGGAAGUUCAAAGGCAAUAUGAAUUCAGUCCUUUGAAGAAUUCCGAUACUGAAAGUAAGGAUACCCCAACAACGUGUAGAAAUGACCUGCUCUUUAACAAUCUACAACAAUUACUCAACGCUGGGGUCACCUUCAACGGUAAAGAUAACGAAGUAAUGGAUCUAAAUAAUAAUCUUCCUGAAGUAGAAAUUUCUCCCUUAGUGUCAUACGACGGUGAAAACCUUGAGUAUAUAGCCAACAACGUAAUCAUAAGUAGUCCAUUACUAAUAGUAAAGAAAGGAGAAAAAAUUAGAUUAACAUCAACUAACAAUAUUAAAAUUUUAGAAGUUUAAUGAACGUAAUUUGAAUACAAAUAAUUACCGAAUAGUAUUUCAAUUUUUAGUUAAGAUUGUUCUUAAUAAUAAUAAAAAUCUCCUGCUUUGGUACAAUACUCUCUUUUACCAACUAAUGCACCUUACACAUAAUAAAAUCAUACAUCGCUUUAUAUUAAUAUUAUACGUGUAUAUGUAAACAUGUAUGUACAUUAAUAAAUACCUUUAGCUAGAAAGAC